GAUGGGAGAAGUUGCCACCACCAAUAUUUUAUGAAGACCUUGGUUAGUGGUGAAAAGAUUGUGAGAAGUUGGCUCAUAUAUUCCAUUAAGAACAACAGCCUCUUUUGCUUCUGCUGCAAACUGUUUUCCAAGAGGAACAUUAACUUAACAAGUUCAGGAAUUACAAAUUGGAAACAUGCAAGUGCUUACCUCACAUCACAUGAAAACAGUCCAGAACACCUCAAUUGCAUGAAAGCAUGGAAGGAACUGUCAGUGAGGUUAAGAAGGGGAGAAUCUAUUGAUAAGCAGGAGAUGGCACUUCUGGAGGCGGAGAGGAUGAGAUGGAGAGCAGUGCUGACACGUCUCGCUGCUAUUGUGCAGUCACUGGCAGUUAGAAAUAUGGCUCUAAGGGGACACACAGAAAAACUGUUCACACCAUCAAAUGGGAAUUUUCUCAAAGAGGUUGAACUUAUGGCCAGGUUUGAUCCCAUUAUGAAAGAUCACCUUAACCGUGUUCAAAGUGGAACAGCAAGUCACAACAGCUAUCUAGGCCAUCACGUCCAGAAUGAGCUGAUUGAUUUGAUGAGCAGAAAAAUCAUAUCUGUUAUAGUGGACGACAUUAAGCAGGCAAAGUAUUUUUCAAUAAUUCUGGACUGCACCCCUGAUAUAAGCCACACAGAGCAGCUGUCAGUGGUCAUUAGAGUGGUGUCACUGAUAGAGAAGCCCCUUAUCAGGGAACACUUUAUGGGAUUUUUGGAGGCAGAGGAGUCCACAGGCCAGCACUUGGCAUCCAUGAUCCUGGCAAGACUUGAGAAGUUGGGAAUUCAUUUUGAAGACUGCAGAGGACAGUCAUAUGACAAUGGGGCAAAUAUGAAAGGCAAAAAUAAAGGAGUUCAAGCCAGGCUCUUAGAAAAGAAUCCCAGAGCUCUGUUUGUGCCAUGUGGGGCACAUACAUUGAAUUUAGUUGUGUGUGAUGCUGCCAAGGGAUCUGUUGAUGCUAUCAGCUACUUUGGUGUCUUGCAAAAGCUGUACACAUUAUUUUCAGCCUCCACCCAGAGAUGGGCUAUACUGAAGAAACACGUGAGCAUCACCUUGAAGAUGUGGGCAGAGACAAGGUGGGAGAGCAAGGUUAAGAGCGUUGAGCCCUUGAGGUACCAGGGAGCUGCUGUGAGAGAUGCCUUAAUUGAGGUGAGAGACAACACCAAAGACUCUGCCGUAAAGGCUGAGGCCCAGUCCUUGUCUGAGGAGGUGGGGUCAUACCGCUUCAGCAUCUGCACAGUUGUUUGGUAUGACAUGCUAUCUGCAAUACAGCAUGUCAGCAAACUCAUGCAGUCUCCAAAUAUGGAUGUGGACCUAGCUGUGGGUCUUUUGAAGAAGACUGAGCAAGGUCUCCAGAACUACAGGACAAGUGGCUUUGUGACUGCACAGAUGGCAGCCAAAGACAUCUGUGAAGACAUGAAUGUGGAGGCUGUUUUGAAGCAAAAGAGGCUGAGGUCCACAAAGUGCCACUUUUCAUAUGAGUCACAUGAUGAGCCUUUCAGUGAUGCACUUAGGAAGUUGGAGGUUGGAUUUUUCAAUGUUGUUGUUGAUGCAGCCAUAUUAUCCACCAGGGAGAGGUUUUCAACAUUGGAAAAUGUCGGAAACAAAUUUGGUGUCUUGAAAAAUUUCCCAAGUCUUGCACAUGAGGAGUUGGCAGAGCAAUGUGAGGCACUAGGCACCACACUGCACUUUGAAGGGAAGUCUGAUUUUGAUACUAAAGAGCUUGUGCAGGAAAUCAAGAACUUCCCUGACCUGCCAUCAAAAACCAAGAGCCUUCUGGAGCUCAUCACUUUCAUACAUGACAAUGAUCUAUCAGAGAUCUACCCCAACUUUUGGACUGCUCUCAGGAUUGCACUCACUCUGCCAGUUACUGUGGCUCAAGCAGAGAGGAGCUUUUCAAAAUUGAAGUUAAUUAAGUCAUAUCUUAGGUCAACAAUGUCACAGGAACGGCUCACUGGCCUUGCUGUCAUCAGUAUAAAUCAGUCAAUACGGGAGCAUAUUUCAUAUGAUGAUAUUAUUGAUGAUUUUGCAUCCAGGAAGGCCUCGGAGAGGAUCUCGCCCUGGGAGUAA